UUCGCUAGCGAACGAUUUUUCGACAUCCCACAUAAGAGCCGUCGUUCGUCCUUACAAGGCUCUACUCCAGGUGCAGACGAUAAUUUUUAUUUUUUUUGCUACAAAUUAAUUUCUCUGCUGAACUUUACGGAAGGAGAGGGGAAAGGCGGGCAGUUUCGUUCUGCGAUUCGUUCACCAGCUCUUGACAAGUGACAACAGGAGGAAUUUCGGUUUCCCUUCGUCCAGUCAGCCAUUCCACGUGCCUUUUCGGCCGUUCUCCGAGAGCGAAGAUACCAUCAGGGAAGAGCAAGAUGGCAAGCGGCCAAAGUUAUCUGGGUACGUGUGCCAAAUGUCUGGGAGUGAUCAACGAAAAGGGUUGCCAAGCGGAGAACCUCAACUACCACCAAAGGUGCUUCGUAUGUGCAUUAUGCUGUAAACAACUUUACGGCAAUCCUUACUACACGAUGAAUGGAAAGCCCUAUUGCGAGGAAGAUUAUUUGAGCAAAUUAGACAAAUGCGCGUCUUGCCAUCGACCCAUACUCGAAAAGGUGCUGAAGGCGGAGGGCCAUAAGUUUCACCCAGAAUGCUUCAAGUGUGCUGGAUGCAGAAAGUGUUUGGACGGAGUUCCCUUCAGCGUCGAUCCCCAGAAGAACAUCCUCUGUAUGGACUGCUACAAGAAGAAGGUAGCUCCGCAAUGUGCCCGCUGCAAGAAGCCCAUCGCACCUCCAUCUUAUACCAACGAAGUCACCCGGGUCCUGGCCAUGGGGAACAGCUACCAUACCACCUGCUAUCGAUGUGAGGACUGCGGCCUCCCCUUGUCCUCCAACAGCGAUGGUCGGGGCUGCUACCCUUUGAACGACAGACUGUACUGCUUCGACUGCCACAAGCGACGGGCCCCCAACGUCGCCAGGAUGACGCCCAAAAAAUGAAUGCGACAAGUUUUACAUGGACUUCCUUAUUAGAAAUUCCCUUCUCUUAUUGAUUCUUUCCGGUAACAGAAUUAGUUAAGAAUUGAAAACAGCUGCAAUUUAGUUUUCCAAGAACUGUUAGUUACCCAAGAAAGUUUCAAAUGUUUCAUUUUUCUUGAGGAAAAAAUAUUCAAACGAGCGAAAUUGGAAAAAAGAAAAAGUUUUCAUAGAGAAAAUACAAAAUAAAUAAAUUAAAAACCCCAAGAAAGUAUUAGCAUAUAUGAUGUACAAAGAUUUAUCAUCUGGUCAGUAUGAAUUAAGUGAACCUGUUCAAUGGUACCCAAAAAUCUUGAUUUAACUUGUGCCCGAAUUAAUAGAAAGAAUAUAUGUUAAAAAGCAUUAUCUCUCUUCUUCAGAAAGGGAAAAUAUAUUUUUUAUUAGGAAUCUGGGUCUCUCUUUGAGAAAAGCCUUUUUGAAAGUCAGAUUCUUAAAUUUCGUGCAACCCACAGCAUAUUUACUGCAAUCAUAUAGCUCUGACAAAUCAAUUAAAGAUGAAGCGCAUUAUUGAAAUUUUUUCUAAAUUUCCCAAAUAAACGCAUUACUUUAAAAAAUAUAUCGUAGUUUCAGCAUGUCUAUCUUCUGAAAAGCUUUUAAUAUAUUUGAUAGUUAAAAUUAGUUAUGUUAAGUUUGGCUUAAGAUGUUAUGUUUUGGGCUAAACUUAAGAUUUAGAUCGAUUGUUAUUUCAAAUGAAUUCACUUUAAGGAUUACGAAUUAUCAUUUAAUGAUUCAUUCAAAGAAUUAUUAAAUCGAUUUUAUUUGCAGUUAACAGUUUUAACAUAAGAAAUUCUAAUAAACAGAAGUAAGGAGUUUUAAUUCAUUUUUAAACAGUAUGCCUCUAAAAUGCUUGCUCUAUUUACACUAGUUUCAUUUUUGUAAGUACAGGUAAUAUAAAGAAUCUAUAAAAAGGCUUAUUAAACUUGAUGUAUUUAUGAUUUUUCUCUUGUUUUUAGAAAUUCAAAUAAAAAUGAUUUACUUUUACAAAA